AUGCAAACCAGCACGCUGUUCCAGCGCUCCACGGGAGGCUCCCUCUCCCGGCAAGAGAGCGCCGUAGCGCCGCUCCGCGCUCGCGGGUCGAAGAACUCCGGGCACGACCUGCCCCCUCAGUUCGUCCAGGAGGUCUGCGACCGCCUCAACCUGCACGAGACCGCGGAGACCCUCGCCUCGACGCGUCUGCAAACACUCUGGGCUGGGUAUGGGUCGAUCUACCGCCUCGCGCCGCGCGAGGCGAGCCCGGGCGUCUCCGCGGUCGUGAAGGACGUCAGGCCGCCGCCGAUGUCGUCGGGGUGCACGCUGAGCCACGCCCGGAAGCUCAAGAGCUACCGCGUCGAGGCUCGCUUCUACAGGGAGGUCGCGCCGGCUCUAGCAGCGGCGCGCCGCACGUGCACGACCCCGCAAGCCCUCGUGGUCGUCGCGGAGGACGACUCGAGCGGAAACUUCCGCCUGCUGCUGGCGCUCACGGACCUGAGCGGGAAGUUUGCUCCAUCCGGCGGCAUGCUGGGCGCGGACGAGGCGCGCGCUGCGCUGGAGUGGCUCGCGGCGUUCCACGCGCACGGCUGGGGCCAGGCUCACACGGCCGUGGACAUGGGGCUGUGGGAGGAGGGGUGUUACUGGCACCUCGAGACGCGCCCUGAGGAGCUGGCGGCGAUCUCGCCCACGGGCCCGCACGCGCGGCUCGGGCGGGCCGCGCACGUGCUGGACGCCCGGAUGCGGGGCAUGCGCGACCCGGACGGGUCGGAGUGGGCGGGGCUGCAGGGCGUGCGGGCGGCGCGCACGUUGGUGCAUGGGGACUUCAAGGGCGAGAACAUCCUGAUCGGGGACUCCGAGGGCGGGCAGGCGGGGAUCCGGUGCGCGGCGUACGACUUCCAGUACUGCGGCGGCGGCCUCGGGACCAAGGACGUGGCCUACCUGCUCGGCAGUUCCGUGGAUGGGCUGCUGCUCAAGAACGGCGGCGACAUGAAGCUGCUGCAGCACUACCACAAGUGCCUCACAAAGCUGCUCCCGCGCAAGGCAGCCGCGGCGUACACGUUCGACACGUGCAAGCUGCACUACGCCCUCUGUGUGGCCGACUACGCGCGCUUCCUGGCCGGCUGGGGGUGGUGGGGCAACAGCGCCUACCUGCAGGAGCAUGCAGAGGCUGCGCUCGAUCAGCUGGGGCUGUAG